UCUUCGGCGAUUCGUUUCAAUUGAGUCCAGAACAAUGCUCAUGUUCUUUGUGGAAUCAUCAUGCUGCAUAUGACCCAGGGCGGCAAUAGUUCUAGGUCUGGGUAGGAGGUACAGCAAGGACUUUUGUGACAUCCCAAUCUCAGUCUGUGCCACAGCGUCUUGGCAUCUGCGCAGGCAAGGCCUCUGACAUUCCGCCGCUGAACACAUGUAGUAGCGCCACUGUCGUGGCGAGAGAUCUCUUUUCACAACAACAAGCCGCCGCGAACAGCAUCAUCAUCACCAACAGCAGCAACAUGCCCCGAAACAAACUCCGUCUCCAAGUAGCUCUCUACGCUCGACCCAAGCAUCCCGAUUCCUACCACUACGCACUCUUCAUCUCACCCAAGGACUUUGCAAGAGAAUCCACAUCAACAAAACCAACAACAGCAACAACAAAACAUCACGUCAAAAAUACCUUACAAGUCGACGAAACCACAGGAGCAGCAACCACGCCGUGGCGUUACGAGAAAGCAGUCCUGACCCACGGCGUAGAAUCCGAGCCAAGAUUACUCGUGCGAAUUCUGAUAGCAAAAUUAUCCAUGUCUCGCGAACAAGUCGAAGAGAUUUUGCAAAGCGUGCCGAUUUAUCAGGUCGAUGACGAUCAUAAAUCCAAGGAUACAUGUAAUGACGAUAGGAAAGAACCACCAAAGAAAUUGUUUAAUUGUGUAACCUGGGUCCGAGAUGCGUGCGAGGCACUGCAGACGCAAGGCGCCAUCGCGGGGAGGAAGCUUGAAGGAUGGGAUGAGAUUGAACGAAAAUCUGUGGCGUACGUGAAUCAGAAGAGGGCGCAAUCGCGAUGGGAUGGGAGUUGGAAGGGGGGUAGUAGGGGAGUGCCUUUGAUGGAUUUGAAUGGAGGGCAGGAGAUUGUGGAGUAAGAUUUAGUAGUAAGUCGGAUGCUGGGCUUGGGCGACGAGUAGAGCGAUAUGUGCUGCCUGCCAGUCAAUGAUGGCUGUAGUCUCUGUCGGAUCGUCAUGGUCGACGAAGAUGUGCGCCGUCGACUCGCCCGUUAUCGCUCCUCGUUCCAGAGCUAGCGUCCAGACGAGCAACUGUAAAGUAAUCCAGAGUCACGAGGGCAGGUCCACAUGAAGCGACGGAGCACUUGAAGACAUUGUUGAUUCGAGAAAACCUCAUCAAGGAUGAUCGCACUCUCGAACGGUUCUUAAAGACCACUUACAUCCACGAGGUUUCGGUCGCCAGGCAAGACGAUGGGGGUUUCAAUGACGAAGGGACGAACAAUGCAAACGACAUGUCUCGAAACUUGCGUUGAGCAGAUCCAUCAGCACACAAACAUCCCUGAGGAAAAUCCGGGUGUAACCCUUCCAAAUCGCCUCGCCAUGAAUUGCGAUGCCAAAUGCCAGCGGAAGUAGAGUGGUACACAUACGCAUCGAAGAGGUGUCUUCCUCUAACCGGACCUAACGCGGAACGCUUAGCGGCUUAGGUCGUGAAGAGCUGUACCAGUCAGUGUACGGUGCACCUACCGAACGACUUUAGCCCGCUCUGAUAUUCACAUGCACUACCUUACUUUAUCUAGGUAGCCUACCUUACCUAGGUAAUCUCCUAAAGUACCUUAUAC